CAAGUCGCUACAGCACAUCCAUUCUCGAUAUAGACGUCAUGCUGCUUGCUCGUGGCUUACAUGGAGCUCCAAUCUGCUCGUUUCGUCCGUGAUUAACUGUACUCUGAUCUCACCGUUACGUCUAUCUGCACCGAAUAUGUCUGCUCAAAGGGUACUUGUACGCACUGCUGCUGCCGCUUCUCGUAACAUACCAACACGUUGCAUUCGAUCUUCAAUCCGUUCUACACCGGCCAUAUUCUCUUCUGCUAGACAGUUCUCUAUCACAACCACAUUCAGAAUGCCGGACACACUCACAAAACAAGAGGUCGACUCGAAGAUGGACCCCUCUGUCGCUAAGCAGUACGACAAUGAGACACCCAAGGACCAGCAGAUCAAGGACUUCUACGAGUUGGUCGACGGAAAGAAGAUCUGCCUCUUGAACACAUACCGCAACGGCGUUGGACCCGUCGGCCGCUCCAUGGCAAUCGCCAAGCGCACCGGCCCCGACUUCCUCUUCCUCUCCAACAAGCACUCGAGCAAAUUCUCCGACCUCGACUCCAACAAAGAAGUCCAGCUCGCCUUCCAAGAUAACAAAACACAAGACUGGGUCAGCGUCACCGGCGUCGCAACAACGACCUCCAACUCCGACCCCCGCAUCAAGGACGUCUGGAGCCGUGGCGCAGCAGCCUGGUUUGGCGAUUUGGGCGACGGCGUGCACACUGCUGGGCCCGAGGACCCGCGCAUGACGCUCAUUGAGAUCAAGAGCAAGUACGUGAGCUACUACAAGACCGAGGUGGGCCUGCUCGGCUAUGCAAAGGAGGUCGUCGGCGCUGCAGUCACAGGUGGUGUUGCGAACACGGGGAAGCUCAGGGAGCUGAACGAGCAGGAUUUGCAGCAGGCGCGGUCGAUGCAGUGAGUGUGCAUCCAUGACUCGAUGGGGGUUUCUUUUCUUUCAUCCGUAUUUACUAUGGUAGAUCGAAAUUGUGAAUAC